UGCUCGGCGAACGGCUUCGUCCUGGCUGGGGCGCGCCUGAUCGGGCCCUGCAUGCUGCUGCCCACCACGCUGCUCACCUGGAACAAAUCCUGGUGCUGGGCACAGGUGACCGGAUGGAGCAGGUGGACCCUGCUGUCCUGAGCGAGGUGCGGCAGCAGGGCAUCGCAGUGGAGGUGCAGGACACGGCCAACGCCUGCGCCACCUUCAACUUCCUGGUGAGUGAGAAUCGACUUGUGGCUGCUGGCCUCAUCCCUCCGCCCUCCGUAGGCAGGACCCUCCCCUAUGCCCCACCCAGCACUGCGAGACUGCCUGACAGCGCUGCUGCUGGAGCAGGGGAGGGCGCCCCACAAUAAAGCACGUGCUGCAGA